CACGCAUGCGUCCUAGAGCGGUGAGACCAUUUUAAAGGAAGAAAGGAAAACAGGCAUAGUUACUGACAAUCAGUAAUAAAUCAACAGUUUAAAAUAAUUAGAGCUAUGUUUGUCCUGACAAACCCGGAAAGGUAAAAGUUCCCCGCGGAUCCAACAGAAAAACAGGCUUCCGAUACUCCAGCUCAGCGUCUGUUCUGAGUGUAUUGUUGUUAUUGGGGUGUGUGAGUGAGUGAGUGAGUGUGUGUGUGUGUGUGUGUGUGUAGAUGGAUGGAGACGAGGAGAUCCGCUCAGAUGAUGGCAGCGCUACUCCAGUCCAGGAUGAGCCGGAGGAGGCCAGACCCCCAUCACCACCGUCUGAGGAUGAAGGCAGUGAUAACGAGGACGCGGCUCACGGCAGGACGUCUGAGAACGCAGACAGCGGCUCGGAUCACGAGGCCCGUGGAGGACGAGACGGGAGCGAUUCAGAGCCCGAGCCGCCGCGGCCCGCAGACAGCGAUGAGGAAGAGGAGGGCAGCUCUCCUGUGAAGCGAAGAGCGAGCACCUCGGACAUGGAGGAGGAACAGGAGGAGAAACCACUCCCAGCCAGUGACUCCGAGCCGGAGGAAACAGAGAAGAGACACAGCCCUAAAUCAGACGCGGCCAGUGAUUCAGACGAGGACAAACCCAAACAGAAAACUCAGAGAGACUCUGAUGCAGAAGAAGAGGAGGAGGAGGAAGAGGGAGGGAGGAAGGAGAAGGGAAAGUGGAAAGCUGUGAUGAACUCAGACAGUGAUGAAGAGGAGGAGCGACCGAAGCAGGAAGCAGGAAGUGAUGAGGACGAAGGACCCAAACGACAGGCUCUGGCCAGUGAUGAUGAUGAUGAUGAAGAUGAGAAGCCUGUCAAGAGGAAGAAAGCCGUUCUGUCAGACAGUGAUGAAGAUGAGGAGAAAGAGGUGAAGAAGAGCCGGCUGGUGUCUGAUGAUGAAGACUCCGGCAGUGAUGAAGGCUCUGGAGCUCCUGAUAAGAGUUUAGCAGCUAAACUGAAGGAGCUGGGCUCAGACAGCGAGGAUGAGGAGGACACGAUGAAGAAGGACACAGGGAAGAAGGACGAGACCGCUCUGUUCGGCAGCGACAGCGACUCUGGCGACGACGAGGAAGAGAAAAUGAUCGCAGACAUCUUUGGAGAGUCCGGUGAUGAGGAAGAGGAGGAGUUUACGGGCUUCAAUCAAGAGGAGCUGGAGGCCGAGCGGCCGCAGACUCAGGCGCCGGGGCCGAAGGGAGCGGAGAUCGACUCUGAUUCAGACGACGAUGUGGACAGAGGAGGAAAAGACAUGUCCUUCAUGUCUGACUUUGACAUCAUGCUGGCCCGGAAGAAAGCCCAGAGCGGGAAACGCAGACGCAACCGAGACGGAGGAACGUUCAUCAGCGACGCCGAUGAUGUCGUGAGCGCCAUGGUCAUCAAAAUGACAGAAGCAGCAGAGGAGGACCGGACUCUGAACAGCAGGAAGAAGCCGGCUCUGAAGAAGCUCAUGCUGCUGCCCACCGUGGUGAUGCAUCUGAAGAAGCAGGAUCUGAAGGACACGUUCAUAGACAGCGGUGUGAUGACGGCCAUAAAGGAGUGGAUCAGUCCUCUCCCAGAUAAGAGUCUCCCAGCGCUCAAGAUACGAGAGGAGCUCCUCAAGAUCCUGCAGGAACUGCCCAGCGUGAGUCAGGAAACACUGAAGCUCAGUGGAAUCGGUCGAGCCGUCAUGUUCCUCUACAAACACCCCAAAGAGUCUCGCGCCAACAAAGACCUCGCGCUCAAACUCAUCAACGAGUGGUCGCGGCCCAUCUUCGGUUUAUCCUCGAACUACAAGGGAAUGACUCGAGAGGAGAGAGAGCAGAGAGACCUGGACCAGCAGAUCGCCCCGCGCAGACGCCUCAGUUCAGGAGGACAGACUCCUCGCAGAGAUCUGGAGAAAGUGCUCACCGGAGAGGAGAAGGCGUUGCGUCCGGGUGACCCGGGCUUCUGUGCUCGAGCUCGUGUACCCAUGCCCUCCAAUAAGGACUAUGUGGUUCGGCCCAAAUGGAACGUGGAUGGGGACUCCAACCGGAGGAGCUUCAGGAAAGGCAUCAGCCUGUUGGAGAAGCACAAGCGGCGUUUCGUGGAGCAGAGGAAGCAGCGGCGGCCGCAGGGAGCCGUUAAAAUCAGCAUUGAGGGAAACCGAAUGCCGCUGUAGUUACCCGCUCCUGCCUGAGGGGGCAGUAAGUGUCUGCAUGGUGCUGCAUGCAGCAGAGCGUUCACAAACUAACAGGAGAUAAAGCGGUCCUCAAACAAACCCAAGCUGUUCUGGAUGUUUUCAGCUUCUCAAACGCAGUGUGUGUGUGUGUGUGUGUGUGUGUGUAUGAGAGCGUUUGAGUUUCCAGCCUUCAGGCCUGUGUGUUCUUGACAUGUUUAUAAUGAAUUAAUAAUGAAAACAUGCUCAUGACCUACGAUAACAGCCUGGUGUGUGUGUGUGUGUGUAGUCAUCACAGGAUUUGAUUUGGAUUGUAGUGGUAGUACUAAUUUCCUUUUUUUCAUAAAAAAACAAAACUCUUUUUUUUAUGUAUAUAGUAGUUUCCAGUUGUUUUAAAUACUGUUUGUAUACAUUUUAAAAUAUAUAUUUUUUAUACAUUUAAUAUUUUAUAUAUUAUAUACAUUUUCUAUCAACACUUUAAAGAAAUCAAAGUAUUUUCAAGA